UGUCAAAGUGCCUAAAAUGUCAGUCCCUAGCUUAAGCCUAAACCAACAACUUGUUACUUGUCAUGAGAUUUAUACCAUUGAUUAAAUCAUUUUUGUGAUUAAAAUAUGAUGUGCGAAAAGGAAAGGGAAAGAAAAGAUCAACUCACCACGCCCACAUCACCAUUGCUCUCUCUCUACCUCUCUCUCUCUCUCUCUGUUAUCUUUUAACUUUACGAGAAAAAGAAAGAAAAGAGGGGUUUGAGGAGGAGUGUCUGUUUCACUAUGGAUAGGCUAGUGAAGCCAGAUGUGAAAGAGGUGGAGCUGAGCUUCAAGAGUGGUCAGACGUGUAGCACUGUUUUUAGGCUCACGAACCUUAUGCACACCAUGACCGUAGCCGUGUCUCUGAGCACCACAAAACCUUCUGUCUUUUCCUUUUCUCAACCUUUCUCUGUAAUCCCACCUCUCUCUUCUUCCUCGUACACUCUUCUCUCUAAGCCCUUCGAUCAACCGCCUCUCUGUUCGUCUCUCAGAGAUGACGUCAUCACCGUCCGAACCGCCAUGCUCCCCACCGGAAAAGCCGACCAGGACGAUUUUCGCCGCUUGUUUUCCGUUCCUGGACGCCAUGUUUUCAAGGAUGCCUUCAUACCCAUUUCCUUUGUGGGUCCUCAGGUCGUCGAGUUUCUCAUUACCCACCAUGAUAAAAUUCCCGAACUGAGUUCUUAUAUGGGCAAAGCGAUUUCUGGGUGUACGGAGUCUCAGAUAACAGAUUCGCUCAAACUAGCCAUAAAGUCUGAAAACCCAGAUCUGGUCUCUGCUCUAAUUGACGCCGGAGCCGAAGUCAACGGCAAAGAUUCCGACGGAAGGUCGCUGUUGACUUCGGCGGUGAAGACCACAACCGUCGACAUGAUGAAGGUUUUAAUAGCUUCCGGUUGCCGAAUCGAUAACUCGGUCGACAGAGUUUUUCACGAUGUCUCGGCGAUGAACCGAGUCGAUAUGAUCGAGAUUCUCUGCAAGAGUAUGGGGAACCUCGGAGUGAACUCGACCGAUUCAGAUGGUCGGACUCCGAUGCACAUCGCAGCCGCACGCGGCCACGUGGAAGCCCUGAGGUCCCUUCUCUCCGCCGGGGGAAAUGCCGAAGUAAGGGACGGUAGGGGCUGGACCCCACUUCACUGUGCAUCGGCAGAAGGACAUUACGACGUCGUCGAGUGUCUAUUGGAGCGGUCAAACGCCAAGUACGUCGUCGACCGAGACGGAAGGACGGCUUUCGCACUAGCGGCCGAUAACGGCCACUCGGAGCUGCUUGCGCCGCUGCACUUGAACGACGCGCUGCACCGUGCGGCGAGGCUGGGCGACGUGAAUGGGUUGAAGAGUUUUAUUGCGGAAGGAGCAACCGUGAACGUUAGAGACCAGAACGGGUGGACGCCGCUGCAUAGGGCAGCGUUCAAGGGCGAUAUCGAGUGCGCGAGGGUUCUAAUCAACCACGGUGCUCAGGUCGAUGCCGUCGACGACGCUGGGUACACACCGCUGCGGUGCGCGGUAGAGGCGGGGAAGGCGCCGGUUGCCAUGCUUCUUAUCACCAACGGAGCACGAGCCAAUGCGAAAGGAGUCAAAGGAGCUUUGCCAGUACUUAACUUGGAUCGUUUCAAGAACCACCCAGCUAUUGUUGUAAAGCCUUUUUGUCGCGAGAAAGAGCGAGUUUAAAUGGCAGAGAAGGAAGACGCCAUUAAUAUGUAGUCGAUAAGCUUUUGUGUAUAUAGUUCUUAUUUUGGGGAUGAUGGUUGGAGUUGAGAGAGAAUGGAUUGUUGUUCGCUCUGCUCUGCACAGCUCCACUCCCAAACCAUUUUAAGCUGGAAUUAAUCAGUUCAUUUCUCCCUCUCUGUAUACUACGAUUACGAGGAUCAAGUUUUUUUUAGUAAGAACAUGAAAUGAACUGAUAUUUUGGUUCAUGAAUUCAUUGUUA